AUGGCAGAGAUAGAGGAGGAGAAAGAGAAAACAGUACUAAUAAAAUUUUCAGAUGAAGAAUUGGACAGAAGUACGCUGCACCGUUUGCAGAAGAACUCAAUCAGUGCCUUCAUGGAGUACGGUCAGAAAAUUGGGAGGAAACCCACACUUGAAUGUCAACCAGUUAAGAGAUCGAGAAUGUUUUCUGGAAAUCCAACGUUUAUAGCCUCUGCGUGUCUUGGAGAAGAGAUAGUUUGUACUGCAGAAGCACCGAACAAGAAAGAUGCUAGAACAAAAGCAGCUGAUAUGGCACUAAGACAAUCACCUUGCAGCCUGAGUGUAAAGCAGACAUUUGAUAAAUCACAGACCCAAAUGGAACUGGCUGUUCCUGACAAAGAUCCUGUUAGUGCUUUUAUGGAGUACGCACAGUCAAUCGGACAAACUGGACGUAUCGUACAGGAUUCACAAACAGGACCGCCACAUUGUCCAACGUUUCAUAUGUACGCCGAGCUUGGUAAUCGUGAGUUUCAGAAAAUCGAGCAUGGAAACAAGAGAGAGGGAAGGAAAAAAGCAGCCAAUGUAGCUCUACUGGAAUUGCAGAGUGAAGGACAAAUACCCAAACCGGCAGCAAGGCCACGACUUUGGGGAACAAAUAGCAUGCAAAGAAUCGACGACUUUAAUGACAUUUGUCCACCCGGGAAAAAUCCUCUUCAAAUAUUCCACGAGUUUGCUCAGUAUCAAAAACUGACCUGUGAUGUCAUUGAAAUGUCACCAAGAACGGGACCACCCCAUGAAUACACAUUUCACAUGGCAGCCCGUUUGGGUGAUGAACAAUUUCCAACGAUGUCAGGAAAAAGUAUGAACGAGGCAAAAAAUCGAGCGACCGCUGCAGCACUGAGAAAACUUCAGGAGAUGGGCAGAUACAAGGUCCAGUCAACUCAGAGGCCUGUUUGCAGAGGACUUCAAACGAUAGAAACAUGGAGUGAUAGAGUAGCCAACGAGGUUAUUGGAAAAUAUGAGGGGGUGGUAUCGACCGUGAAAGAGGAUUUGUCAGGGCGUAAGGUCGUGGCUGCCGUCUUGCUACAUGAUAAAAAUACGAAAAGACUGACGGUUAUUAGCAUUGGAACAGGAAACCGCUGUGUAACUGGGAACCAUUUAUGCGUUGAUGGGAAUGUCCUCAACGACUCUCACGCGGAAGUCAUAGCAAAACGGGGUUUUAGAAGGUACUUGUAUAGUGAAAUAUGUCAACCUCUCUCUGGACUACUAACAAGAGCGCCAUCUGGAAAAUUAAAACUUUCUCCCAAUCUGUCCAUCCACCUGUAUAUUUCCACGGCUCCCUGUGGAGAUGGGGCAGUAUUCACACGUGCAAACCCUGGCAACAGUUCUAAACACCAGCCAAUAUUCGGAAGGUCACAGCAGGGAUAUCUAAGGACGAAAAUGGAGAAUGGAGAGGGAACUAUACCAGUUGAUAACGCUCCCCAGACUCUGGACGGGAUCCGCCGACAAGAACGUCUUCGCACGAUGUCAUGUAGCGACAAAAUCUGCCGCUGGAACGUUCUAGGACUCCAGGGGGCGCUUCUGUCGCUGUUUGUAGAACCGAUUUACCUAUCGUCCAUAACCUUAGGUCAGUUGUUUAGUGAUGGUCACAUGUCACGAGCAAUGUGUUGUCGAGUAGAUCGUGAUGAGAGAGCGCUAGUGGGCCUACCUCCUGGAUAUAAACUACAUCAUCCAUAUUUAGGAUGCGUUACACGCCUGGAUGAUGUCCGUAUUGUGGAUAAAUCCCGCGCUCUCAGCAUCAACUGGAACGCAGCAGACGACACAGUGGAACUGACGGACGGGACACAUGGGAAGACGAUUAGGAAUUCCAGAUCUCGACUAUGCAAAAGAAGUCUAUUCCAGUUCUUUACUAAGACAAGCGAUAGUAACUUAGAUCGGACAUAUCGUGAAGCAAAAAACAUGGCAGAGGCCUAUCAAACAGCAAAAGACGUGUUUGAAUCGACCAUGUCUGGUUACUGGUAUGGAGAAUGGGUUAAAAAACCACCAGAAAUUGACUUAUUUUAUUUGUAGACCAGGCAGCGUACACGAAACCUGCAUACACGAAUAAUAUCCUCAAUGAUUCGAAUUUUCUACCGUGUCAUAUAUUGAAUACACGGAAUGGUGUAGAAAUA